GCCAGCCCUUCUCCAAGCUCCUCUUUCCCUUUUCCUUCCUGUGCUUUUCCUCCUUUUUCUUUUCUCCCCCUUCUCCUUCCCCACCUUGCCUGGAGGUGUGGAAGAGGCUCCUGGAUCUGAUGCUGGUUGAUGUGGUUGAGGGGUUACAGUGGCAGCACUGGGCUGAGGGUUGGACUGGCUGAUCCUGAAAGUCUCUUCCAACUUUCAUUAGUCUAUGAUUCUACAAUUCCUUCUUCCCUUUCUCCUUUUCCCUUUUCCUUUCCCCUCGUCCUUUUUUCCUGUUCCUUUCCCUUCAUCUUCCUCCCCUUGAGUGCCCACAUCCCUUUCAAGCACUGAUUUAUGUGAUGUUCACCACACUGCAGUGAGCCCCUGCAGCCCCAGCUCUGCUCAGCCAUUGCUCCCGGCCAGAGCCAUUGGAAUCUUCCAGAGCAGCAUUUUCCUGCUUUUUUGGUAGCUGGAGCUUGGAGGAGAGGCAGAGCCCAGCUCCCUCCAUGCCCGUGGGCCGUGGGUGGAAGGGCAGACAGGGAAGCUGAUGUACGUCAUGCACAACACCGAGUACCCCCUGAGCUGCUUCGCCCUCUUCGAGAACGGGCCCUGCCUGGUGGCUGAUGCCAACUUUGACACCCUCAUGGUGAAGCUCAAGGGCUUCUUCCAGAACGCCAAGGCCAACAAGAUCGAGAGCCGCGGCACUCGCUACCAGUACUGCGACUUCCUGGUGAAGCUGGGCACGGUCACCAUGGGCCCCAGCGCCAGGGGCAUAUCCGUGGAGGUGGAAUACUGUCCCUGUGUGAUUGCCAACGACUGCUGGAACCUGCUGAUGGAGUUCAUGCAGAGCUUCAUGGGCAGCCACACGCCCGGGAUCCCGUCGGUGUUCGGCUCCAAGCAUGACAGCGCCUACAGCCCCGGGGACACCAUGGUGCAGUACAUGGAGCUCUUCAACAAGAUCCGCAAGCAGCAGCAGGUGCCCGUGGCUGGAAUCAGGUGAACAGCAUUCCCUGGAGCUCCUGGACUGGAUCAGGAAUCCCUCCAGAGUGUGGCACAGGAGGCAGCCCCAGGAUUUUUUCCCUUCUUGAUUUUUCUCAUUUCUAUGUUUUCCGAUACCGUGUGUAAUUCUGGGUGUCCUCCAUGGUUGGGGAUUAUUGGAUCCCUGGUUCUUUGGACAGUGUUUUGUGCAGGGAAUCACUGUUUAUCCACAGGGAAAAGAGAAAUUCCAGCCAAAAGCAAAGCAGAGCUUCUGUGACUACAAACAGCUACAGGAGAAAUCUCUUCAAUUUAUAUUUUUUUAUAUGCACAUUGGUGUUUUGUUGUAUUUCAUGCCAAUAAAACACUGGAUUUUGGGAGGAGGAGUUGUCCCUGCACAGUGA